UAGAGGCGGGGAGAGGAAAAAGACGAGAUCUCUCGACCCCGUCCAUGGCGAACGCCGAGCCCCAGAAGCAACUACUCUCCCUCAUCCGCGACUUCGCCACCGAGAAGUCCCGUGGAGAGCGUAGGGUUUCGGACCUUAGGAAACGCCUCGUCGAGCUCCAAUACGAUCUCGAUUCCGCGAAUUCCGAUCUCGCGAGCGCCAAGAGGGCGAAGGAGAUGGUGGAGGAGGAGCUUCAAGGGUCCCAGGCUCACCUCGCCAUGACCGACGCCUCUAUGCUAGUUAUCGAGGGAAGGAUAUAUCGUUUGCAGGAGGAAAUAUCCAAGGUUGGAUCUGAUCUGGCCGCGCUCAAGAGAGAAGAGGAUGUUCAAAGAGAUGAUUUCAUUAAUAGGAUGAGUGGAUUGAAUGUAAAGAUAAGGCAUUUCCGAGAGAUGGUUGCCAAAGAGUCCCUGAGACAACCAUGUCACAAAAUCCCACUAGACAAUGUUGGAAAACUCUGUAGCGAGGAUGACAGUUUUGAUUCAGAAAAUAUCAUAAAAAAUUUGGAGGUUGAGAUCAAGUGUAUUGAUGCUGAGAUGCUAAGGUUGGAAAGUGAGUACCAGAAAGAAUUACAUGAUCAUCACGAGUUUAUUUACAGGUAUGUCGGGAGCUGGCUGAUAUUGAAAGAAAAAGGUUCCUUGUGGAAGCUGUUAUGGGAGAAACAAAGCAGCUUCAGGAACUGGCAGGGCAGACAGCAGAAUUGGAGAAGAUAUAUGCUUCACUUGGGGAGGAGCUGCGCAAGAGGUAUACAUGUUUUGGUUGUGGCUUUAACAACAUGGGAGAGUUAGAAGAAACAGAAAACUAAUGGACAACCUUUCCUUGCAUAUGCACUAUACAGGUAAAGUGGGGAUAUAAUGUAGCAUUGGGUUUUGACCUUAAAUCAUUUUAAAAGAAUGCAGCAAAAUAUGCUCUGAAAUCUUUUAAACCAUGCAGAGAACCACAAUUUACUAAAAUGCUACGAAUCAUGAAGUUACUACUAAAUUGCCGAUGUUUCUGUCAAUAUACUAUUUUGAUCAUAGGAUUUCCAUUUGUUCUAGUAACAAGUUCUAGUGUUUCUGUAUUUUCUUUAUGUUCAUAUGCAAGGAGAUUUGCGACAGAUCUUUCUGUGCUGAAACUAUGGCAACACAGUUGCAACCCUAUUUCAUUUAGUCUGCUAAAUGUAGUUUUAGUAUUACAACUAUAUUAAGUGAUUUCGAUCUUUAAUUUUUGUACAUUUGUAAGAAUGAUCCCAAAUUCAUGGUUUCGAAUGCUACUAUGCUGCUCUGACAGAGACUGGUUAUUUAAUA